AUGUCAUUCCUUGACACGAUCCCAGCGGAUGAUCUCCUAAGAGACCGAACACGUGUAUUUAGCGAAUUUCUAGCUGAUGAGCGAAGCCACUGGCGAUACAAAGAUGAAAUCGUCCAACUGCUCCGACAUGAUGGAAGACGCCUCAUUGUCAACGUCGAUGAUUUACGCGAGUACAAUCGGGAGUUUGCCGAUGGUAUACUGAAUGAACCCAACGACUUCCUGCCCGCGUUUGAGCAGGCUCUUGUCGACAUAGUCCAGACAGUUAGAGACCCACAGAAGCACAAGACAGAAGAGAAAGACUAUCAUAUCGGUCUUCGUGGCAGUUUUGGGGAUCAUCACUGCAAUCCAAGGACUCUAAGGGCUUUGCAUUUGGGAAGACUGAUCAGUCUUGAGGGAAUAGUCACCAGAUGUUCGCUCGUGCGGCCAAAAAUGCUGAAGUCCAUCCACUAUUGCGAACAAACUCAAGCCUUUCACUGGCGCGAAUAUCGAGAUGCAACCAUGACGGGCACCUUACCUCCGACUUCGUCUAUCACGCCUCAGACCGAUGAGCAAGGCAAUCCGCUCCAAAUUGAGUUUGGAUUGUCGACCUUUCGUGAUCACCAGCGUAUCAGCAUUCAGGAGAUGCCGGAGCGUGCGCCAGCCGGACAGCUACCGCGCAGUGUUGAUGUCAUACUAGAUGAUGAUCUGGUAGACAAGUGCAAGCCAGGUGAUCGCAUUCAGUUGGUUGGGGUGUACCGCAGUCUUGGGGGAGGCGGAUCUGGCGGAUUCCGCACGCUCAUUUUGGCAAACAACAUAGUGCCCCUAUCUUCCAAGCUUUCUGGCGGCCCAGCAUCUACUCCACUCACUGACGACGACAUUCGUCACAUUCAUCAACUUCGUAGAGAUGAAAAAGACAUAUUUGAGUUGCUUGCACAGUCCCUCGCUCCCUCAAUUUAUGGGCAUGACUAUAUCAAGAAGGCCAUUUUGCUCAUGCUACUAGGCGGGCAGGAAAAGAACUUGCCUAAUGGGACCCAUAUUCGCGGCGACAUCAACAUUCUCAUGGUCGGCGAUCCAAGCACCGCAAAAUCUCAACUCCUGAGAUUUGUGCUAGGCACCGCGCCACUCGCCAUUGCCACAACCGGCAGAGGUAGCAGUGGUGUGGGUCUGACGGCCGCGGUUACGACUGACAAAGAUACUGGGGAGAGGCGUUUGGAGGCUGGUGCUAUGGUCCUAGCCGACCGUGGUGUGGUUUGCAUUGACGAGUUCGAUAAGAUGUCAGACAUCGAUCGGGUUGCCAUCCAUGAAGUUAUGGAACAACAGACCGUAACUAUCGCAAAGGCAGGAAUACACACGAGCCUCAACGCUCGCUGCAGCGUGAUCGCUGCAGCUAAUCCUAUCUACGGCCAGUAUGAUGUACACAAAGAUCCUCAUAAGAACAUCGCACUCCCAGAUUCACUGUUGUCUCGGUUCGACCUCCUGUUUGUGGUCACUGAUGAUGUGGAUGAGCGUCGCGACCGAAUGAUAUCAGAACACGUUCUUCGUAUGCAUCGUUAUCUUCAGCCUGGCGUCGAGGAAGGGACCCCGGCACAAGAUAAUCUGUCCCAAAGCCUAUCGGUAGAUGCUGCUCAAACCGAGGCCGCACAAACACCAGUUUUCGAGAAAUACGACACUUUGUUGCAUGCUGGUAUCUCGGGUCUCCGGACGCGAUCCCGGCGAAAGAAGGCUGAGAGUCAGGAGAAGGUCAUCUCCAUCCCAUUCAUCAAGAAGUACAUUCAGUACGCAAAAAAUCGUGUGCAGCCGGUACUCAGCAAGGGUGCGGCAGACCACAUCGUUGCUGUAUAUUCUGAACUGCGAAAUGAGGAUCUUGCUCGGAAUACGAGAAGGACUUCUCCCUUGACCGCUCGCACUUUGGAGACCCUCAUACGGCUGGCUACCGCCCAUGCAAAAGCCCGUCUGUCUAAAGAUGUUGAACAGCGCGACGCUAUGGUUGCAGAGGAAAUACUCCGGUUUGCUCUUUUCAAAGAAGUGGCAAAGGUGCAGCGCCGCAAGAAGAGGAAGCUCAAUUCGGGUGUGGCGGGGACUGAAAGCGCUGAUGAGUCGGAAGAAGACGGGAGUGAGGACGAGGCUGGUCAAGUCAUAUCCCCAUUGGUAAAGAUAGUAGACGACUACGCUAUGGCGGAGGACAUACCUACGGGCGGAUUUCCAGCACCGAUCAUUUCAGCGCAGCCGGAGCAAUCUGUGCCCGAAGAUGAGCUAGGCGUUACCGCGGAUAGGUUGAUCUUGUUCCGUUCUCGCCUAUCCGAUCUCUUCGCAACUAGCAUGCAAGAUGAGGAUGCCAUCGAGCUGGACCAAUUGGUUGGCGCUGUGAAUAUUGGCCUGCCGUCCGAGCGACACUUUACGAAGGAAGAGGCACGAUCAGCUGCAAAGGCGAUGUAUCGCAGGGACGAAAUCAUGUUCUCCAGUGACAUACUGUACAGGAUCUAGGACACCCCUUUUUCUUUGUCUCCCCUUGUAAUCCGCGUUAUGAGGACUUAUGCAGUGCAUUCCUGCUCAGUACUGUACAUGAUCAUGAGGACAGAAAGACUGCAAAUUCGUUUCAUCUACUCCAUUGAACUUCAUUUGCUCCUUUCCUGAGCUUUGUUUUUCGAUAGACAUCUUUCUCAACCGUAGCCUGGCCAAAUAGCUCGACCCUUCUCUUCUUGUUCUCUCGUAUUCUUCCCUCCAGCAUCCCAUCGCUGUCGGUACUAUGACCUCCAACGUUGGCAUCUGGGUCUACAGAAUCCACAACGUUAUCGUUAUCGUCGAUUCUCUUGCGCUUGUGUUUGAUUCCAACAUUGAUAUUCACUCGAGGUGGGACAGCAAAUCCGAAAGCCUUGCCCACCUUCGCAAGAUCGAGAGAGUUGACGUCAAAGAUUUUCUUCAGACUGUACGAUGCGUACGCUUGUAGGUAUGAGCGAUAACCAUCUCUUGCAGAUUCAUGAAGAUAAAAAUUCUUGGAGAUGAGCUUUUCGAGCUGGGCCUGAACAUUAGCAAUUCGAUUGGCAGGGAAGUUGUAUUCGUUUAAGGGGACCUUGGCUUCUUUCAAGAAGCGCAGGAAUCCCAGUUCGCUUGGCAGGAGAAACAGGAGGCUUUUGCCGUCUGUGCCUGCUCGGGCGGUUCGACCUACUCGGUGGAUGUAGUCCCUUGGUUCGUCUGGUGGAUCAAACUGAACAAUCCAGUCGACUUUGGGUAUGUCCAGACCUCGAGCUGCCACGUCCGUGCACAGAAGGAUACCGCUUGACGCAUUACAGAACUCGAAAAAUGUAUUUGUCCGCUUUUGCUGCUUCUGCUUGCCAUGGAGGUCGAGAACCGGUACAUCGAUAUAGUUCAGCAAUUCGGCGUGGUACUUGACUGAACUACACGAUGAGAAGAAUACGAUGACCUUCUUCUGCAGAUUUUUCUUUAAAAAGGUGAAGAGAAGCAGAAAUCGGCGGUCAGAUGGACAGACAACAUAACCCUGCGUUAAUGUUGUGACCGUAGAAGUGACCUGCGUGGCUGAUACAUCGAUGUAUAACGGUCCAGAACGCAGAGAAAUGCGUGCCAAGUCUGACACUUUGUUUGUUUGCGUUGCGGAAAAAAGCAUAGACUGUCGACUUUCGUUGGGAAGGAGCGCUAUGAUCUGCUUCAUCUCUUCCUCGAAGCCAAUUUCUAGAAUGCGAUCCGCUUCAUCAAUGACGAGGGCCUUCAAAUUCUUGAAAACAAAUCCCUUGGUGUUCCGCAAGUGGUCAAGCACUCUACCAGGUGUCCCUACUAUGAGGUUAACUCCCUUGCCUAGCUUCUCAGCCUCCGCCUUCCUAUUUGCCCCUCCCAUGACGAUACCAAAUGUCUGGGUAUGUCCAUGAGAAAAGAGCUCUUUUACAACGCCGAAUAUUUGAAGCGCAAGUUCACGAGUGGGGGUAAGAACAAGCACCCCUGUGCCAUUCCUUGGCUUGAACUUUAACCGGCUGAGGAGCUCGACCGAAGGAAUAAGGAAUGCAAGUGUCUUGCCAGAGCCGGUUUUGGCAGCACCGAGUACAUCCUUUCCAGCUAAAAGAGGAGGGAUCGUGCGUUCCUGCACGGGGGUCAUAGUGUUCAUGCCCAUGGCGCUGAGGGCAGCGAGAGUAGCGGGUGAUAGGUCCAGGUCGGUGAAUGGUGGCCGGCCAGCCUCAUCGGAAGAGGGAUGCUGAUCGUGAUUGUUUGCGAGAUCCAUUGAUGAUGAUGAAUAGGAAGAUGGACCAGCUUCGUUU